AUGGCUGACUCUGAGGCCCUGCUGAGUGAUUUGUGCUCGAUCUGCCAUAUCAACCCUCCCAAAUACCGCUGUCCGCGGUGCUCAACACGCACCUGCUCUUUACCAUGCACACGUCGCCACAAACUCUGGUCAGAAUGCUCUGGCGUGCGUGAUCCAGCUGCAUACCUCAAGCGCAAGGAGCUCGCUACUGAAUCUGCAUUUGAUCGCGAUUUUAAUUUUAUCACGGGCAUUGAGCGCUCUCUCGAGCGCGCAGAUAGAGAAGUUGAGAACCGUGGGAUCGAUAUUGCGAGCAGUGUCCAAACUGAAGAUGCUGCUUCCGAGAGUCCUCAGCAUCAGGCUGCAGGGCAUAAGAGGAAGCACCCGAAUCAGGGUCUCGCAAAAGGUGAGGCUGGAUUCUUGCGCGGCGCCGAGGCUAGUGGUGUAAAAGUUGUCCGAGCCCCGAAGGGCAUGUCAAGGAAUAAGCAGAAUGGCUCGCGUAUGCACCCGAAGCAUAAACGUCUUGCGUGGACCAUAGAAUGGAUUACAAGUGAUGGCAGGAAGACCAUCGGAGAUUCCAUCCUCGAUACAUGCUCCGUCGCUGAAGCCUAUAACCGAUGCCACCCACGGCCAAAGGACCAGGAGCCCGCUUCUGAGCCGACCAAGGAAAAAGAAGAGGAUAUUAAAAAUGUGGUGACUCCCAACAACGACAAUAGCACCACUGCUGCACCUACGGAGCCCGCUGCAGUGACUGAAACAGCAGAUCAAAAGCCACAUUCAUCAUCAACCGAUGGCUCAGCAGCGACAGCAACUGAGGAAGUAGAUACAGCGUCAACCGAAACGAUAUCUCCUCACCGCGGUCUUUACUUCUAUCUUCAUCGUCCACGAACUACUACCAAAAAGCCAGUCUUAACCCCUCUGCUACAAUCCGCGACGCUCAAUACUAUUUUACGAAAUCGGACUGUUCUCGAAUUUCCCACGAUAUAUGCACUGCCAGAUGCAGCGGUGACGCUGUUCGCAGAGAAAGAUAACUCUGAAUACAUACUGGAGGAAGAAUAUCUUCGCACCACUGGCCCAGAGGAGACGGGCCAAUCUACUACUGCAAGUGAUGACGAUGGCAUGACUGGAAACACACCAUUUGCCGGUGCUGCAGUGAAUCUUGAAAAUAUUGACGAGAAGCGGGUAUUGGAGGUGUUGACGCAAGACCUAUUUGAACCAGUAUCGGAGACUGGUCCAGCAGCAUGA